UGGAACAGGUCAGUGGCUCCAGCCCCCAAAAAAAGAUAAAAACGACAGUGUUUGUUCACUCAAAUCUCAUCGAUUAGCAAACCAAACUCACUCAAUAAGUCAAUAUAAUAUUCCUCACCUCCUCAACUAAAAUCUAAAAGGAACCAUUUUUUUUACAUUUGCAGAGCUUCAAUUCAAUUCAAUUAUGGCGCCCAUCUCCAUUCUCUCCAUCCUUCUCCCCUCCUUACCCUUAAUUUUCAUCCUAAUUUUCUUUAUUUCUCUCAACUGGAACCCCCAUGGGAUCCCUUGGAAUUGGCCGAUUUUGGGAAUGAUUCCCACUAUUUUCUCCAAUCUCCACCGUAUUCACGAUCGUGUUACUGAAAUCUUACACCAAUCUUCUUCCACUUUCUUCUUCAAAGCCAUUUGGUUUGCCAAUAUCGACUUCUUGCUCACUGCCGACCCUUCCAACAUCCACCAUAUAUUGAGCGCCAAUUUCCAACGAUACCCGAAAGGCCCCGAUUUCAACUACAUUUUUGACGUUUUGGGAGAUGGGAUUUUCAAUGCCGACUCUGAUUCAUGGAAAUACCAACGCAAGAUUGCUCAUUCCUUGGUUCAUCGCGACGAGUUUCUUCGAUUCUUGGAGAAAAACACGAUGAAGAAGGUGAAGGAAGGGGUGGUUUCGGUGCUUGAAAGUGUUUGUGAAAAUGGCUCGGUGUUGGAUUUGCAAGAUUUGUUUCAGAGAUUCUCGUUUGAUUCAACUUGUAUGUUGGUCACUGGCUUCGACCUCAACAGUUUGUCUCUUGAUUUCCCGCAAGUUCCUUUCUCCAAGGCCAUGGAUGACGUGGAGGAAAUUAUUUUUCUUCGCCACUUUUUUCCUAAAGCCUUGUGGGAGUUGCUAAACAAACUCCAAAUUGGACAGCCCAGGAGGCAGAAACAAGCUCGCCAAAUCAUAGACCAAACCAUCGCAGAAUUGAUAGCCUUGAAAAGAGAGAGCCUGCAAAAAGAAGAGGCAGCCCAAGGAGCUGAUUUAAUCACAUCAUAUAUGAUAGACGAAGAAUAUCAAGAUGGUAAUUUUGAGAAAAAUGAAAAUUUUUUGAGAGACACUGUUUUGAAUUUCAUGAUUGCCGGUCGGGACACUCUCAGCUCAGCUCUCUCUUGGUUUUUCUUCUGUCUCUCAAACAAUCCAACAGUUGAAGCCAAGAUAAGAGAGGAGCUCAAAUCAAUCAUCCCAGAAAAUGAAGAUCAUGAUCAAUGGAGGAUAUUUUCAAUCGAAGAGUUGAACAAACUAGUUUACUUUCAUGGGGCUUUAUGUGAAACACUUAGACUUUAUCCCCCAGUCCCAUUUCAGCACAAAGUCMCUGUGGAAGCCGAUGUUCUUCCAUCGGGUMAUAAAGUGGAUCCUACAACUAAGAUUCUGUUUUCGUUAUAUGCAUUGGGGAGAAUGAGUGAAGUGUGGGGCAAAGAUUGUGAGGAGUUCAAGCCAGAGAGAUGGAUUUCAGAGAAAGGKAGUAUAAAACAUGUGCCAUCUUACAAGUUCUUGGCAUUUAAUGCAGGGCCAAGGACUUGCUUGGGGAAACAAGUGGCUUUUACUGAGAUCAAAAUGGUUGCGGCUGCCAUUAUUCACAACUACAACAUUAUUCAAGAAAUUGGUCAUAAGGUUGUCCCAAAUCCUUCCAUUAUUCUUCACAUGAAGCAUGGAUUCAAGGUGAAGAUUACAAAGAGAUGGUCUUGAGUGUCAAACAUGUCCAAUUACAAAGUUAAACAUAUGAUCUAUAAAUAAACCUAGCAGUUCAACCAAAUGUAGUAAGUGGGAGAUUGUACUUUCAAGGAUGGAAUUUGUGUUUUAUCUAUUCGAUUUAUGCUUUAAUUCACAUUUAAUUUUUAAAA